GGCUUACCAGUGAUUGUAGCAUACAGUCAUAAAGGUAAUCUUGAACGUUUAUUUUGGAUAUCUGAUUGUAAAACCUCACAGUGUGAUAGUUAUAGUUCAAUCGAAUACACAAUAGACGGCAGUGAUUUAGCUAAAGAUCGGGUCGAUUUAGUUUUAUUGAACUCUUUUAAUAUUUUCCAGUUUUGUUAUUUCUAAUGUGCAUCCGUUUUACCUCGCAGUAUAUCAGACCAGGCCAGGCUUCUAUAUUAACAGAAACUUCAACUACUCUCCACCCCCUCACUCACUCGCUCGCUCGCUCUCUCUUUUUUUCCUGCUUGUCACUUGUCUCAGAGUUUGGUAGACCAGAGGAGGAAACAGACGUGUUCCUCUUGCCACCAAGAUGGUUGGCUGUUGCCUGAGCUACGUCCUUAAACACAGUGCUGUGCUACUUCUUUGGGCUUUCCUCCAUGAUGUGGAGGCUUCCAGUUGUGAUCGUAUCAUUAAUAAAAAAGUUGGAGACACUGUGGAGCUUUCAUCAUGUUUACCAACUGAAGGGGUCACAGUAGCAAUUUGGCAAUAUAACAAUACAAAAGUAGCAGACAUGGAUAUAGGUGACGCUAAACAUCCUCAGUUUAUAGGCAGAGUAGAGUUAAACCUAGAUUACAGUUUAACAGUGAGAAGACUGACUCCUCAAGAUUCUGGUGUUUACAGUUUGACUUCAGAGGUGAAUGAUAAGCAAAGGGACACAGUCUACAUCACUCUGCAGGUUCAUGCACCGUUAGAGAUCAUAACGCAGCAGCCUUCCCUGACUGUAUAUUCCACCUCACGUUCUUCUAAUGAAUCCUGUACGGUUGUGGGAGAGUGCAGAGCAGCAUCUCAUACAAAGGUCUCUUACAACUGGACCGUGAGGGGUGAAACUCACAGCGGCUCCAGGCUACAGUACAAUAUCCAGCCAGAGGAUGGAGACAUCGAAUUCACCUGCACAAUUUUCAAUGCUGUCAGUGAAACAUCUGCAUCCCACACAGUGAAGUGUAGUAACAAUACUUCCACAGAUCAGAAUAGAAAAGUUAUCAUUUUCGUGGGUGUGGCAGCAGGAAGUUCUCUGAUGCUUAUCAUGGUCGCAGUUGGUAUAGCUGUGUGUGUUCGUCAGCGCAAACAAAGACAAGCAAGCAGCGACUCACAUGACCUUACAGUGUAUGCUGAUAUCACUGAUGUUGCACCUCCAGAUCGGACAAUUACCAUGAAGCCAUCCUCUUUGUAUGACACCAUUGAUAACAGAACCAACGCAUUCACACCUGCGCCACAGACUGUGUAUGACAAGAUCCAGUUUAAUCGUAUGGGGAACUCCUCAGUGUCACCCUACCAAGAAGUUUCAUAGGGGAUCACAAGGUACAACAUGAAAUGUCAAAAUUUCAAGUUGAUGAAGAUACAUUGAUCAGCGUAAUAUUUGGAAAUGGCAAAUGACACAAUGCUUUCUGUAAAUUCUGUGAAUACUAUUGUGUAUUGAGUAUAAAAAGUCAAUAUUGCACCCUCCUUUAUCAUAUUGUAUAUAUAUGUGCGUGUGUGUGUGUAUAUAUAUAUAUACACACAGUAUAUAUACAUAUUUUAUUAACAGG